UUUUCCUCCUCUUUUAAUGAAUCUGUCUUUCAAGGUUUCAACACGAACCCCACAAAUGCUCCGCCUCCACCGCAGCACGACCAAGCUGCUUCUCUCCGGAGCCAUCACCCGCCACUUCAGAACCAUAAACACUGAUACCUCCGCCACCACUAAAGACGACUACUUCGCCGCAAUACAUCACAUCGCCAACAUUGUGCGCCGCGAGGUCCACCCUGAACGCACCCUCAAUAAGCUUGACAUCCCCGUGACCUCCGAGCUCGUCUUCCGCGUCCUCCGCGCCUGCUCCAACUCCCCCUCCGAAUCCCUCCGCUUCUUUCACUGGGCUCGUUCACACUACUCCCCAACCUCGCUCGAAUUCGAGGAGCUGAUCAAGAUCCUCGCUUGUCACCGUAGGUAUUCCUCAAUGUGGUCCCUUAUCGACCACAACAAGAAAUUUCAAAGCAACAAUUACCCUUUUCAGGUUUCGCCUAGUACUAUCAGUUUCAUAAUUGAACAGUAUGGGAAACACGGGCUGAUCGAUCAGGCUGUGCAGAUAUUCAACAAAUGCCAAUCUUUGAAUUGCCAGCAAACUGUUGAUGUUUACAAUUCCCUGUUAUUUGCUCUGUGUGAGGUGAAAUUGUUCCACGGUGCGUACGCUUUGAUUAGGAGGAUGAUCAGGAAGGGCGUGGUUCCUGACAAGAGGACCUAUGCCACUCUCGUGAACGCGUGGUGUUCGACAGGUAAGCUGAGAGAGGCUCAAGAGUUUCUAGAGGAGAUGAGCAAAAAGGGGUUUAACCCUCCUCUUCGUGGGCGUGAUUUAUUGAUUGAAGGGUUGUUAAAUGCGGGUUUUCUAGAAUCAGCAAAGGAUAUGGUGAGGAAGAUGACUAAAGAAGGGUUUGUACCCGAUAUAGUCACCUUUAAUUCUUUGAUAGAAGCAAUUUGUAAAUCUGGGGAGGUUGAAUUUUGUGUUGAUAUGUACCAUAGUGUGUGUAAUUUGGGGCUUUGCCCCGAUAUCAAUACUUACAAGAUAUUGAUUCCUGCAGUUUCAAAGUUAGGUAGGAUUGACGAGGCCUUCAGGCUUCUGCACAAUUCAAUUGAGGAUGGACAUAAGCCAUUUCCAAGCUUGUAUGCACCAAUAAUUAAGGGCAUGUGUAGGAGUGGGCAGUUUGAUGAUGCCUUAAGCUUUUUUGGUGAGAUGAAGGUUAAGGGUCAUCCCCCCAAUAGACCAGUUUACACUAUGCUGAUAACUAUGUGUGGGAGAGGAGGGAGGUUUAUUGAUGCUGCAAACUAUUUGGUGGAGAUGACAGAGAUGGGCUUGACGCCUAUUUCUCGGUGCUUUGACAUGGUCACUGAUGGGCUGAAGAAUUGUGGGAAGCAUGAUCUGGCUAAGAAGAUAGAGCAUCUAGAAAUUAACCUUCGAGGUGUUUAAUUUUGUGCUGGGCUUGGUGAAUUUUUCUUGGGAGUGACUUCAAGAUAAAGUGUACCACAUUUUAUCUAAAGACUGAUAUUGGUGCUCUAUCACAGGAUAUGGAGGUAAUUCUGGAAAGGGAAUAUGCUCCUACCGUAGGAGAGUGGAGAGCAGGGAUUGAAAUUUGAACUGCUGGGCUCCUGGUAGGAGAAUUGCUAAUUUUAGUAUAUGGGCAGAGAAUACAACAUGACGGCACGCUCGCUUUGAAGUGAAGAGUUGCUGUGUUGCGGCCUUGCAGGGAGAAGGAAACUGUUAGGAAUUAUCAAGUUGUGAGAUUCAAGAUUGAAAUUCGGAGUCCAUUGUUUCUGUAUUGAUUGGGGAGGUAGGUGACAUAAUUUUAUUGCUCAUCUGGUAAAAUAUCUCUCUCUCUCUCUUAAUUGUCGAAUGGACUGAAUAAAGAGCCUACAGCAAAGACAAUAGGAGUACUGGCCCUUUUAAAGAAGGUGAAAAAUUGAUAUUGUAAAGCUAAUGGUUACAAGUUCAAACCAUGAAGAUACCGCGAGAGCCUUGCACACCGGUAGUUUUAUGCGUUUUAUCA